CCCCUUCCGGCCCCGCCGCCGUUUUUCCCGCGCGCGGACACUGUCCCCGCACGGUGGUCCCUCGUUGGUGCGUGGCCUGACAUCCGGCUGGAGGCCUCGGGUGCUCCGAAAGCGGUACCUUCGGGGGCCCCCCGCACCCAUUGUUUUUCCAUGGUUUGGACUGGAUAUCGGUGGAACUCUGGUCAAGCUGGUUUAUUUUGAACCCAAAGACAUCACUGCUGAAGAAGAAGAGGAAGAAGUGGAAAGUCUUAAAAGCAUUCGGAAGUACCUGACCUCCAAUGUGGCUUAUGGGUCUACAGGCAUUCGGGACGUGCACCUCGAGCUGAAGGACCUGACUCUGUGUGGACGCAAAGGCAAUCUGCACUUUAUACGCUUUCCCACUCAUGACAUGCCUGCUUUUAUUCAAAUGGGCAGAGAUAAAAACUUCUCGAGUCUCCACACUGUCUUUUGUGCCACUGGAGGUGGAGCGUACAAAUUUGAGCAGGAUUUUCUCACAAUAGGUGAUCUUCAACUUUGCAAACUGGAUGAACUAGAUUGCUUGAUAAAAGGAAUUUUAUACAUUGACUCAGUUGGAUUCAAUGGACGGUCACAGUGCUAUUACUUUGAAAACCCUGCUGAUUCUGAAAAGUGUCAGAAGUUACCAUUUGAUUUGAAAAAUCCGUAUCCUCUGCUUCUGGUGAACAUUGGCUCAGGGGUUAGCAUCUUAGCAGUAUAUUCCAAAGAUAAUUACAAACGGGUCACAGGUACUAGUCUUGGAGGAGGAACUUUUUUUGGUCUCUGCUGUCUUCUUACUGGCUGUACCACUUUUGAAGAAGCUCUUGAAAUGGCAUCUCGUGGAGAUAGCACCAAAGUGGAUAAACUAGUACGAGAUAUUUAUGGAGGGGACUAUGAGAGGUUUGGACUGCCAGGCUGGGCUGUGGCUUCAAGCUUUGGAAACAUGAUGAGCAAGGAGAAGCGAGAGGCUGUCAGUAAAGAGGACCUUGCCAGAGCGACUUUGAUCACCAUCACCAACAACAUUGGCUCAAUAGCAAGAAUGUGUGCCCUUAAUGAAAACAUUAACCAGGUGGUAUUUGUUGGAAAUUUCUUGAGAAUUAAUACGAUCGCCAUGCGGCUUUUGGCGUAUGCUUUGGAUUAUUGGUCCAAGGGGCAGUUGAAAGCACUUUUUUCGGAACACGAGGGUUAUUUUGGAGCUGUUGGAGCACUCCUUGAGCUGUUGAAGAUCCCGUGAUCAUUACCUGGGGAGGGGUUCCUGAAACCUUCCACAAUGGGAUCUGUGGACUUUCAUUUUUUUAAGAGACUUAACUCAAUUUCAUGACUGUACUACCUGAAACAAAGUGAGAAAGGACACGUGUAUUUUUCUAAGUCAUCAAGAUAAAUCCUUAAGAAUUCAGUCUAAACUAGCAACCAGGAAGGAAAAAUAUAUUAAAAACAACAAAAAAGUGGCCCAUGUCCAGGCAGUGUGAGGAUUUGCUGUAUAUAAGUUGCCUGCUUUGUAUUUUUGAAAUCUCUGCAUCACUCAUUGGAGGUGCUUCCGAAGAGAGCUGCUCUGUGUUCAGUUGACUGUGGUUUUGUGUCCUGUUUGAACUUGCUGAAUGUAAGGCAGGCUACUAUGUGUUAUAAUCUAAUCACAAUUUGUCAAUAUGGUCUUGGCAAUCAUCUGUGCAUUACUCUGGUUUGCAUUAAGCCUGUGUGUGAACUUACUGUAAAACAUGUUUUAUUUCAAGGUUCUGCAAAAUUAAUUGGGCAGGUUAAUUGUGUACCUGAAACUUAACAAGCAGUUUUUGGAAGGGCAGUUCCACGUUACUUUACACUAAAUCCCGGGAAUGAAUGUCUGGAGAGACAGGGCUUCUUUUCUUGGCAGAAUUUCCUUGGGUAGUGGGAGGACUGUUCUGAUGCAAGUGGGUACACUGGCAGAAGCAGCACUAUCUGGAGGACUAACAUGAGUCAGCAGGGCCACUAGAAUCGACACCCCCUCAGGGGAUCAGGGAGAAUCUGGUUUUUCUUUCAGGCUAAGUAGAAAAGGAAGAACUGAAGUGUCUGUCAAAGAACUCAUGGGGAGUGGGGGGUCCUUCAGGUCACUGUGGCACUUGGGAGGUGAGGCUCAGAAGACUGCCUGAGGAGAGUGCCAGGCUGCAGGUGCUCUUGGUAGGGGCUGAAGCUUUUCUUUCUGCUGUGCAGAAUAAUUUCAAAAGCCUUUCCCAAGGAGAGAAUGCACCUUUUGUAUCUGAGGUCUUAAGUGGUGCCCAUAUUGCUGUUGAAGGCAAGGAUGGGCCUGUACAAAGCAGCCUUGGACCAGGAGGGAAAACCCCAAGGCUCUGCAGCCUCCCCGCUCCCCUCCGUUUAAGGCUGUGGUCAGGGAGGGAUGGGCAGGGUGCCAGCCGCAUGGAGGCAGCAGAGACACCCGUGUUCUAGCUGGGGCAAGGGGAACUGAUAUGUGGGCUGUGGGCUGUUCCACUAGGCAUGGCCACCUCUGCACAUGGGCCUUGGCACUUAGGAGAUAUGGGUGCUGCUGCAUUGGGACCUUGUGUGGGUGCAGAGCAGGAUGGCUGCUGCGUGGAGGGUAAUUUUGUCCCCUGGACAGUGAUUGGUGACCCUCUUCCCUGCUGCUGCUGUUUGCAGGCUCCUGGCCUAUACUACCUCUGACACCCUGAUCGUGAGUUCCUCUGCCCUCCUCUGCUGCCAGCAGCGCUCUUGGUGGCCUCACCCUCCUCCAGUACCCAGGCACCAAAGAUGGCACCACCAUCCUCCUGCUUGUACCACAGGGUGCUGCUCCCUGGGCCAACUCCUGUGAACUUGCUCACUUCCCAUGGAGACCGAGGCCAGGGCCUGCCCCUCUGAGGCCCCUGUUUUGUGGUCCUGCUGCCUCUGCUGUGCUGCAUUCAGGAGGUUGUCCACUGCUCGACGUGGGUCAUCAUGCAGCCCUUGCUGUUCCCACAAUUUAACAGAAAAGGAAACUGAAACCCAGAUGAGUAAGCCUGCCCAAGGUCCCUCAGCUGGAAAAGAGCAGAGCUGGACUCAAACCCGGACUGUCUGUCUCUGGUGCCUGAGUUGGGAAGACGCUGUUGAUGUCCCCUUCUGCCUCGCUUUGAGCUUCCUCCUCCGUGGGCCCUCCCCCUACUCUAGAGAAACUAGUCCAUUCCCUCAUGUUCCACCGUGUGCUCAGUAAACCCUGUCACUCCACAGCAGGGUUUUUGCUUUUCAGACAGUCUCGCUGUGUCACCCAGGUGGAGUGCAGUGGUGCGAUCUCAGCUCACUGCGACCUCUGCCUUCCAGGCUCAAGCAGUUCUCCUGCCUUAGCCUCCUGCGUAGCUGAGACUACAGGCAUGUGCCACCAUGGCCGGCUAAUUUUUAUAUUUUUAGUAGAGAUGGGGUUUCACCAUGAUGGCCAGGCUGGUCUCGAACUCCAGACCCCAGGUGAUCCGCCUGCCUUGGCCUCCCAAAGUGCUGGGAAUACAGGUGUGAGCCCCUGCGCCCGGCUCACAGCAGGGUUCUUGAUAGCCACCAGUGAAUCCCAUGCCACCGAAUCUGGCAUUCAUUUCACAGCCUCAUCUCAGUUCUCACUCAGCAGAGCCCUCUUGCCUGUCCUGCCACCCAGGCUACUAAUGUUCUGGUUCAUUCUCUGCUGACAGUUAGCUGUGGCUGUCCUCAGCCUCAGUCCUGGGUCUCCCCAAGCAGUCAUUAGCAUCACCUUGACUGAUUUCCAGGGAACACUUCAACCACCCCUUACCUCUGAGCUCCAGCCCCAAGGCACUGCCUUCUCUCUGCAUUUGUUGAUCUCUGUGCAGCAGUGUCCACAUCCUCAUCCCAGCUUACUGCCGUCUCACCACCUUCAGGUUGUGAGGUGCCCAUAAACUCUGCUGUUACCAUUGCCACUUCCCUGUCUUCUCAGCAGCUGUCCCUUUCAGUCUGCCCUCCACUAGUGGCCAUGAAGGGGGCUGUGACCAUGGUCCAGGUGAGAAAGGAAGGCCUGAACUAAGAUGGGAGGUCGGUGGCCAGAAUGGAGAGGGGAGAAGUGGAUGGCCAGAAUGGAGAGAUGCUUAGAGGGCUGUGUUGGGAAGUGGUGACUGGAUACAGGGGAGGGAGGAGAGAUACCAAGAGGGCACCUGGGCUCAUUUGUAGACUACGUGAUUUUGAGACUCCAAAUAAGCACUGGGUAUUUGGGUUGGAGAUACAGAGCUGAGAAUGAUAUGCAUGUAGGUGGGCAAAGCAAGGGGGAUUUCAUGAGUUCUAAGGUAGGGUGAGAAAACCGAGAGUUGAGCAGUGACGGAGGAAGCUGCAAAGAAAACGACUGCUCAGGGGGAGGCUCGCCAGGGGCCUGUGGCUCAGUGGACUGAGAGAAGAGGAGCUCUCUAGGCAUCUGAAUUGAGGUUGCCCACAUUUGGUUUCAAGAUCGUGGCUGGCCUUGAUGGAAGCUGGGAAGCCACAAGGCAGAAGCUGACUUGGAGAGGUCCUAGUGAGGGGUGGUGAGGAGAGCAGCAACGGCCACACAGGAAGGCUUUGGACGUUUUUUCUCCUGACACUAGUUAUUUCCAGGCCUGGGAUAUAGCUAGGGGCUUGGGGUGGGGGCAACUCUUUGCAGGGUGGUGUGGCCUGUGGAGGAAACAGGCUCAGUUCCACUACUUUGGCCAGGUGCAAUGGCUCAUGCCUGUAAUCCCAGCACUUUGGAAGGCCAAGGCGGGUGGAUCACCUGAGGUCAGGAGUUCAAGACCAGCCUGGACAACAUGGUGAAGCCCUGUCUCUACUAAAAAUACAAAAAUUAGCCGGGAAUGGUGGUGCGUGCCUGUAAUCCCAGGUACUCGAGAGGCUGAGGCAGAGAAUUGCUUGAACCUGGGAGGCAGAGGUUGCUGCAGUGAGCCGAGAUUGCUGCACUGCACUCCAGCCUGGGUGACAGCAAGACUGUCUCAAAAAAAAAAAAAAAAAAAAAAAAUCCACUAUUUCAGGUCACCCUGGUGCUGGCGUUCAUGUGGAAGACUGCUUAUCUGUAUCCAGCUGUUUGCAGAGCUCAGGGAGGCCAGGGGGCUUCAGACUCCACUGUACUCUGCAUUCCAGGAUUCUCUGUUCUCUGGCUGUGGUGGCCUGACACACUCUUCACCACUGACCCCACCCCCGCUUGCACACCAUGCCACAGGAAGGGCAGGAGCUUCCAUCACAAUCACUCAGUACUAGUUACCAGCUCUGAAAGAAUCACUCACCUUGAGUUUCCAAGUCUUGCUGAAGGUGCUUGCAUAAGUGGCACAUGGAUGUUCCCUCUGUUCACAGGCAUAUGCACAACACUAAGUAUUUUUCAAAAUUUGCUUUUAUUUACACGUUUGAGUCAAUUACAUGCAUGUUUUAUUUUUGAAGAGUGAUUAGCAAAAUGCAUUAAAAUUUUAAAAUAGCAAUUAAAUAUACAAAAAUAUAGCUUACAAAAAACUGCGAAUGUUUAAAAAUAUUCUGCUGCAGAAUUUUUAGUGUACAAACACGUCUAUGAAACCUGAGGUUCAGCAUUUCAUAAACCUUUUUUUGAGGGAGUUACACAAUACCUAGUGAGGAAACCCGAGGGCCAAACUACAAGACGAAAAAGUGCCCCGUUCCUGGCAAUGAUGUCAAAAGACCAAGAGGCGAUAGUUACCAGCAACACUCUAGGAAGACCAGCUGUCACCAGAAGGGAGUUCCUAACACUUGCCACACCUGCUCCCCCGACCCCCCCGCCCUAGUGGGGGCCUGGGAGGGAAGGGCAGAUGGAGAGGAACGGUGUGCAGUGGGCGCGAGAUGCAGAUCCACCAGACUUGGGACUGGCAAAGGGAGCUGAGAAGAGUUCCCCCAAAGCACAAACAAGUCUGCUGACACUGGUGGGGCCCUUAUAGUCACAGAAGUAAGGACUGGAUGGUAAGCCAAAGGUGCUGACGCUUGGUCAGAAAGUGGAGUACAUCUUUGCAUCUUGUAACAAUUUGGGCUCUAUAGCUGAACUGGCAAAGUAAGGUUUACUGAACAAGCCCCUCUUUUUCUUCUGAUAUCCCCACUCAAAUGGAAGCACAUUCCCCAGCACAUGGGGAUCCCUUAUUAAUCUUUACUAACCGUGACCCAGCAUUUUCCAGUUAUCAACUGGAUAUUUAGGCAUGAAUCUGGACAUGUCCAUCUCCUUAAAUCUAACAGCUACAGGAAAAGACACACCCAGGGCCAGAGAUUCUACAAGUGCCAGAAGAGUGGAGGUGAUAGAGAAUUUUUUCUCAAGUUUUGGGUUAGGGCACCAGUUGCAAUUUUAAUCCAGGGGAGGAUCUGGGCUGCUGCUGUAGGGGGCAAGUACACCAGGGAGGUGGGUGUGGACAGAGGCACUGGGCAGCUGCUGGGAAGCGAGGCACAAGUCUGUGCCCCUACUCCCAGGGCUGCCUGGAGGAGGCAGCUCUAACUUUCAUCAGUGGGGACAAAAAUGAACUUAAACUAAAAAAAUUAUUGGCCGGGCGCAGUGGCUCACGCCUGUAAUCCCAGCACUUUGGGAGGUCAAGGCGGGUGCAUCACGAGGUCAGGAGAUCGAGACCAUCCUGGCUAACACGCUGAAACUCCGUCUGUACUAAAAAUACAAAAAAUUAGCCGAGCAUGGUGGCGGGCACCUGUUGUCCCAGCUCCCGAGGCGGGAGAAUGGCGUGAACCUGGGAGGCGGAGCUUGCAGUGGGCCAAGAUCGUGCCACUGCACUCCAGCCUGGGUGACAGAGCGAGACUCCGUCUCAAAAAAAAAAAAAAAAAAAAAAAAAAAAAAAAAAAUUGGUGGGGUAAUUUCUGUUGUCAAAUGGAAAACAAGGCAUAAAGGGAAAAUUCUGUAGGAAGCAUUUUCUUUUCUUGUGUGUUUGAGACGGAGUCUCGCUCUGUUGCCCAGGCUGGAGUACAGUGGGGAUCUUGGCUCACUGCAACUUCUGCCUCCCGGGUUCAAUCAAUUCUCCUGUCCCAGCCUCCUGAGUGGCUGGGAUUACUGGCAUGCAUCACCACACCCGGCAAAUUUUUGUAUUUUUAGUAGAGGGGGGUUUCACCAUAUUGGUCAGGCUGGUCUUGAACUCCUGACCUAAGGUGAUCCGCCUGCCUCGGCCUCCCAAAGUGCUGGGAUGUUGGGAUUACAGGCGUGAGCCACCGCGCCCGACCAGAAGCAUUUUCUUUUCAAAGUGUGUGCAUAGAGUGAGGAGGCCAGCUUGGGCAACAUAGUGAGUUGAGACCUGUCUCUACAAAAAAAAUACGAAAAUUAGCCAGGUGUGCUGGUGUGCACCUGUAGACGCAGCUACAGACUGAGGCGGGAGGAUCACUUGAGUCCAGGAAGUUGAGGCUGCAGUGAGCUACAAUGGUGCCACUGCACUCCAGUCUGGGUGACAACAAGACCCUGUCUCAACAACAACGAAAAGUUGGGAGGGAAAGGGAGCAGCUCCAUGAACUGACGCUGGACAUUCAGGCAUAUCCACAGUUAAACAUGAGACUCACUGUGCACUUGCUCAGUAGCUAAGAUGUCUGCCCUACAAAAUAGAAGCCUUCAGUUGCUGCUGCUCAAACUCCUGCAUCAAAGACACAAGAGCUUGCCUAAGUGACCACAACAGUUGUAGCCACACAUCACCACUGGUCCUCACUUGGAACUGGCCAAGGUACGGGAGGGGCCAGCAGCUGUCCAGGCACCUGCAGAGGCUGCUCAGAGCUGGAGAGGCCUGUGCCACUGCUGUCAGCUACAGAGCCUGAUCUUGAGCAUCCUGUCGCAGAUAGAAAGUCAAUCAGAAAAAUCUGGUUGUGCUCUUGGAUUAGCUGGGCAUUUGGGGUAAGGGAGGGACUGCAGAUUCUGAUUUGUACAGAAAACUAAAAUUUCAGUAUGUUGCAAUAAAAUGAAAAUAUGUCUUACUCAA